GUUACAAUAGAUUACAAUGGACAUAGUAAUCUUUUUUUAAUCAAUGAAUGUUCACGUUCAUACUUUUAAUUGUUUGCAUACCUCACACUUGUAUAUAUCCUAGUUAAUGCGACUAGAUCUUAAUGUUUUAGGCAGGUCCACAUCAGCCUCUGGCUGACUUCUACCAACCUGCGUUAACAAAUAAAGCGAUGUAUGUAUGUAUGUAUGUAUGUAUGUAUGUAUGCAUGCAUGCAUGCAUGCAUGCAUGCAUGCAGGCAUGCAUGCAUGUAUGCAUGUAUGUAUGUAUGUAUGUAUGUAUGUAUGUAUGUAUGUAUGUAUGUAUGUAUGUAUGUAUGUAUGUAUGUAUGUAUGUAUGUAUGUAUGUAUGUAUGUAUUAUUAACGUUUAACGGAAGUACCCAGAAUUCGGAACUACUGUAACAUUGCUGUUUGCGUAAUUAAGCAAAAGGGUUAAGAACAGGGGAGAAAUAAGCACUUUUCGCGUGUCCGUAGUGUUGCUAACAGUGCUUCUAAGACUAAACAAUGCGUGCGAGGAACAAGAUUUCCAUUUACUUGAUCAAGUGUUCUAUCCCUGGUUAAGGCUAGUACUUGUGCCAGAGAUCCCGUGCAACAGCAUUUCUUCUGUAUCCCAUACGGUGCCUUCACUGAAGCACACGUAUGGCAUACAUAUAGCACAGGUACAUACCAAUUUAAUGAACUCCCGCACAUCAACCAUAACACAUUUUGUUGAACAUUCUACGCGGCUGUAUGACUGUAAAAGUUACAAAUAGCAUUUACAAACUGAUGACCGAAAAUGAUUUUGUAUUCAUACAUAUUAACUAUCAUUUGUUUUCCUGCAGGCAGUUGAACGACAACGAGCUCAAGACGCUUCCGUCAGGAAUAUUUUCAGAUCUCUCUUCCUUGUAUUAUUUGUAA